AUGAGACCUUUAGAAGCAGAGAGGUUCCUCGGCUGCAGGGGUUACAGCUUUAUCAAGUGGGUUCAAGCAUUGACGCAUAGUACACUUGUAGAAAUUUUUUUGUUUAAGAUGUCUAAGACUGGAUCAUCUUCAAGAGCUGCAUGGCAGUAUACCAAGAGUGCAAUCAAUUACACGAUAAUAACAGUUAUCUUGGUAUACGUUCUUUACAAGCUAUUUACCAAUCAUGGUGAGGAUAUAAAUUUUGGUAAGUUCUUGAUGAAGACUUCUCCUUAUAUGUGGGCGAAUCUAGGGAUCGCUUUGUGCAUAGGUCUUUCGGUGGUGGGAGCUGCUUGGGGUAUUUUCAUCACUGGUUCUUCAAUUAUUGGUGCUGGUGUGCGUGCACCAAGAAUCACUACCAAGAACUUGAUUUCGAUCAUUUUCUGUGAAGUGGUGGCUAUCUACGGGCUAAUUAUGGCCAUUGUGUUUUCUUCCAAGGUAACCGUUGCCAAUUCUGCGACGAUGUUCGAUAAGUCCAAUCUAUACACCGGGUACUCGAUAUUCUGGGCUGGGAUUACCGUUGGUGUUUCGAAUUUGAUUUGUGGUGUGGCUGUGGGUAUCACUGGUGCCACUGCAGCUAUAUCAGAUGCUGCAGACUCGUCUCUUUUCGUUAAGAUCUUGGUUAUUGAAAUUUUUGGUUCUGUACUUGGAUUAUUGGGAUUGAUUGUCGGAUUAUUGAUGGCAGGUAAAGCGGUUGAAUUCCAAUAG